AUGGCCUUGGCGACACGAUUAGGUCGCACAUCAGCAGCCGUAGCAGCAGCGGGCACCUCUCGAGGAAAGGAGGUUCCACAGAACGAUGUACCUGGCAAAGCCCAGAAUGCUGUGCGCUUCACCAAGCGUCGCCAGACUGCCAGGAAGGGGAAGAACCACUUUAAAUGUCGGGAAUGUGGGAAGACCUUCAACCAGACCCUCCACCUGGUGGAGCACCAGCGCAUCCACUCGGGGGAGAAGCCCCACAAGUGCGACGCCUGCGGGAAGUGCUUCCGGCACAGCUCGUACUUCUUCACGCACUACCGGAUCCACACGGGGGAGCGGCCCUACAAGUGCAAGGUGUGUGGGAAAACCUUCAACAGCAGCUCUACCCUCAGCAGUCACCACCGAAUCCACACCGGGGAGACGCCCUUCAAAUGCAACGAGUGUGGCAAGACCUUCAGGCAGAGCACCAAGCUGACACGUCACCUCAGGGUGCACACCGGCGAGAAGCCCUACAGGUGCAGUGAGUGUGGCAAAUGCUUUGGCCGCAACUCUUCCCUGAGGGACCACAAGCGGAUCCACACGGGAGAGAAGCCGUACUGCUGUCAGGUGUGUGGAAAAAACUUCCGGGUCAACUCACACCUCGCGGAGCAUCUGCGGCUCCAUGAGGAAGAGCGAACCUUCCAGUGCAAUGAGUGUGGCCAGUUCUUCCGGAACGGCUCCCACCUGUUGGAGCACAAGCAGCUGCACCUGCCCGAGAUGCGGGAGGAGUGCCUGGAGUGCGGGAAAGUCUUCUCCAGCAAGGAGGCCCUCCUCCAUCACCAAAGAAGCCACACGGAGGAGCCCUUGUACCACUGCCAGGGCUGCGGCAAAGACUUCCGCUGUAAGUCAAGCAUCCAACGGCACAAGCGGUUGCAUGCGGGGCAGAAACCCUUCGUGUGCUUCCAGUGCGGUAAAGGAUUCACUGACAGGACCACCCUGAAAAAUCACCACAGAGUCCACUCUCAGGAGAGGACCGAUCCCUGCGGCAAGUGCGGUAAAUCCUUCAAGCACCUGGCCUCUCUGAUGUCCCACCUCCGGAUACACGAGGAUGAUGAUGAGCCGUAG